AAUAAACUAGCAACGUUGAGUCGGUCGCCUAGCUGGUAUUGUAUUUGUCCGGAGGAUUAUUCACCAUAACAGGAAACCAUUUUAUACUUUAUUUAAACAUAUACAUAAGAAAGAAAGAAAAUCAGUUAUAUUUAAAGGUAUCUAUACUUAGCUACAAAGCGUGUAAGGUUGUUUUUUGCGCGCGCUUCGGAUCAGAUAGCCAGUCUUGUUAGCUAGUUAGCUAACGAUAGCUAGCUUAGCAGAGCAGGGGGGAAAAAUCCCCAGCAACGCGAGUUAGAGGAAGUUUCUGUGCCGCUAAUUGUGCAUGCAGCUUUGAUAAACCCAGGUUUUUCCGUUUGGCCGAAUGUUUCAUAACAGACAAAGACAUCUAGUUUUUGAAGUAAGAUAACGUGGUCGGCUCUAAAGCUUUCACAGGUUUCACUCGUUCCAUUCAUCCGCUGCGAAUUCAAAAUGUCGGAGUUUGACGAAUUUGAGAGACAACUGACCGAAAACAAACAAGGUGACGGCGUUAACGGCCAUGAGCGGGACAAAGAGAACAGGCACAGGCGCCGGAGCAGCUCGCGUAGCCGUAGCCGUGAAAGGAAGAGGAGGAGCAGGGAGAGGAGGAGCCGGGAGCGACGCAGCAGCAGCAAAGAUCGCCGGCAUAGACGCAGUCGUUCCCCACCGAGGGAGAAGAAGAAGAAAAUCAAAAAGUACUGGGAUGUCCCUCCUCCUGGCUUUGAGCACAUCACACCAAUGCAGUACAAGGCCAUGCAGGCUGCUGGUCAGAUUCCUGCCACAGCACUGCUGCCCACUAUGACUCCAGAUGGACUGGCCGUUACGCCCACUCCAGUACCUGUAGUAGGCAGCCAGAUGACCCGCCAGGCUCGGAGGCUCUAUGUGGGCAACAUACCAUUUGGCAUCACAGAGGAGUCGAUGAUGGACUUCUUCAACGCUCAGAUGAGACUAGGGGGUCUUAUUCAGGCUCCAGGAAAUCCCGUCCUUGCUGUCCAGAUUAACCAGGAUAAGAACUUUGCCUUCCUUGAGUUGCGCUCAGUGGACGAGACCACACAGGCAAUGGCGUUCGAUGGCAUCAUAUUCCAAGGCCAGAGUCUGAAGAUCCGCCGGCCACACGAUUACCAGCCGUUACCAGGCAUGAGCGAGAAUCCCAGUGUCUAUGUUCCAGUUGAUCAGUCCUGCACAUCGGCUUGGAGGAAUUUUAAUCCAUUCCUCAGUACAGAACAACUUCAACUCUGGGAUGUUGGUGUGGUGUCCACUGUAGUCCCUGACUCUGCUCAUAAGCUGUUUAUUGGAGGCCUGCCCAACUAUCUCAGUGAUGACCAGGUGAAAGAGUUGUUGACAUCCUUUGGGCCUUUAAAGGCAUUCAACCUAGUGAAGGACAGUGCCACAGGGCUCUCCAAAGGCUAUGCCUUCUGCGAAUAUGUUGAUGUCAAUCUUAAUGAUCAGGCUAUUGCAGGACUAAAUGGGAUGCAGUUAGGAGAUAAGAAGCUCCUGGUCCAGAGAGCAAGUGUAGGAGCCAAGAAUGCAACUUUGACCAGCAUAAACGAGACUCCGGUGACGCUGCAGGUACCAGGCCUGAUGAACAGCUCAAUGAAUCAGAUGGGUGGAAUUCCCACCGAGGUUCUGUGCCUGAUGAACAUGGUGGCUCCGGAGGAACUUCUGGAUGAUGAUGAGUAUGAAGAGAUUGUGGAGGAUGUCAGGGACGAGUGCUCCAAAUACGGUCAGGUCAAAAGCAUCGAGAUCCCUCGCCCUGUCGACGGCCUGGAGAUCCCCGGAACCGGAAAGAUCUUCGUGGAGUUCACAACAGUUUUCGAUUCCCAGAAAGCCAUGCAAGCCUUGACAGGGAGGAAGUUUGCCAACAGAGUGGUUGUGACCAAAUACUGCGACCCUGAUGCCUACCACCGCCGAGAUUUUGGCUAGAUCAGGACGCAUGUGAGGAGAGGAGAGGAGUGUGUGGCGAAGGAGAAACCAGAUUAAAAGGCUGUAUUAUGAACGUGGCGUGGUGAAUGUGGAGGGAUGGCGAAAGAGGGGAAUCUUUUCUUGUAGUGCAAGGUGGCAUUUCAUGUUUCUUUCUUUUCUUUUUUCCUUUUUUUUUUUUUUUUUUU